ACUGCCACCCAAUGUAGCCCACAUCACAUUGUCUUAUUUGUUUUCGGGAGCUUGUCCCCGCCUAGCAACGAGUCGGCUAAGAACUGGAUCCUAGCGAGGAGCCCGGCACAGACAGCGAAUGACCGCAGCGGGACAGUCGCUCUUGCUCUUCUUCGGCCCUGGGGCACGAUCUGCCGGUGCAGGGACCUCUCCCCGGACUCCACGCGUGUCUGGAGGGCUCUCGGGUUAGGGAAGGAGUGUUUGGAGACGCUCCGGGCGGCCGGGCGGUGGCGGGACACGGGCCCUUUAAGAAGGAGCGCUGGGCGCGGCCAGGUAGGGGCGGGUCCCGGGCGGAUCAGCGCUGCGCCGGCGCGGGCCCGGGAGCCGGAUUUGGAGCGCGCCGCGCCGGUGGGGGCGGAGUGGGCGGCGCGGCGGAGCCUCCCGUGGCCUCCGACGCUCCUCCUAGAUAGCGGCCACCGCCCGCCGCCGCCUGCGCCUCCAGCUCCUUCGCCCCGGCGGGCCCGGCCGCCGCUUCCGGCAGCUCACCUGGGACGCGCUCACCUGGGACGCGCUACCUGCCUCCGGGCGCCUGGGCUCCAGGAUGAAGGACCGGCUGGAGCAGCUGAAGGCCAAGCAGUUGACACAGGAUGAUGAUACUGAUGAGGUCGAGAUUGCUAUCGACAACACGGCUUUUAUGGACGAGUUCUUUUCUGAGAUUGAGGAAACUCGGCUUAACAUUGACAAGAUCUCAGAACAUGUGGAGGAGGCUAAGAAACUCUACAGUAUCAUUCUCUCUGCACCGAUUCCAGAGCCAAAAACCAAGGAUGACCUAGAGCAGCUCACAACUGAGAUUAAGAAAAGGGCCAACAACGUCCGGAACAAACUGAAGAGCAUGGAGAAGCAUAUUGAAGAAGAUGAGGUCAGGUCAUCGGCAGACCUUCGGAUUCGGAAAUCCCAGCACUCUGUCCUUUCUCGGAAGUUUGUGGAGGUGAUGACCAAAUACAAUGAAGCUCAGGUGGACUUUCGAGAACGAAGCAAAGGGCGAAUCCAGCGGCAGCUCGAAAUUACUGGCAAAAAGACCACAGAUGAGGAGCUGGAGGAGAUGUUGGAGAGUGGCAACCCGGCCAUCUUCACUUCUGGGAUCAUUGACUCACAGAUUUCCAAGCAAGCCCUCAGUGAGAUUGAGGGACGGCACAAGGACAUUGUGAGGCUGGAGAGCAGCAUCAAGGAGCUUCAUGACAUGUUUAUGGACAUUGCCAUGCUGGUGGAGAAUCAGGGUGAGAUGUUAGAUAACAUAGAGUUGAAUGUCAUGCACACAGUGGACCACGUGGAGAAGGCACGAGAUGAAACAAAAAAAGCUGUGAAAUACCAGAGUCAGGCCCGGAAGAAAUUGAUAAUUAUCAUUGUGCUAGUAGUUGUGUUGCUGGGCAUUUUAGCAUUGAUUAUUGGACUUUCCGUUGGGCUGAAGUAAGAGUGGCCUAAGAGGCUGCUGCGCUGAAAUGUUUGUGGCUGACUCCUUCUGUUGCCCUUUGCCUUCUUCGUGUGUAUUGAUCAGCUCCUCCUUUCCCUGCCUCCUAGAAACUGAUUUCACUCCAGCCUGGUGUGGCCACCCUUGUCUUCAGAUGAGAAUGGAGUCUGAAUGGCCUUCCUGAGAGCGAGUGCAACCCGUUCCUUUGUUUCCUUGCGACCACCCUUGGACCUGACUCAGCUAACAAUCUAGCCCUGGGGGAAUGUGAUCUACCUGAUGCGACCCUGAGUUCUCCUCAGAGCCUCCUCCUGCCCCACCAGCUCUCAAGUACCUUUUCUCCUGGACUGUGUGAACUACCCAGCCUCCUUCCUCCCUGUGGUGUCAGAUUAUGCCUUGCACCUGGGAAAGCUCUUGUGAGACCCUCCCAAGGUGCUGUAUUUUUCUACCUCAUGGAGUAUUCUCCUAGAAACUGCAAUGUUUUCUUUUAGGGGAGUAUCUUUAACAAAGCAGAAGGAUUCUUCUAAGUUUGGCAACAAUAAGGCUUGGAUCUGAGUCUUCUACCUGGCAGGAUGCCAAUCCUGUUUGUUGUCCCUAUGUCCUGAAAACAUGGGGGACUGGCAGAUGUCAUUUUAGUCUGAAGAGCUGACUUGUUUGAAAUUCAGCCUUAAAUUAAGCUCUUAGUUGUUCAGCUUGGGGGGCAACUUUGAUUUUUCUCUGUGUUAUAAUCUCUCAUAUUCACUCAAGGAGGGACCAGGAUGAUACAGUCAUCUGAAGUUACGCUUUGCAAAAGGCUGAGGAUAUGGAAUAUGUUUCCAUGUCUGAGUCUUAGAAACUGGCUGUUCAUUGUUAGAAAGCGAUGCUUUGUGAAACUAUUGCCUUGGGGCCACAAAUAAUCAGGGAUUUUAAAUUGGGCAAGGGACAAGGUGCUAGAAUCCUAAGCUCUGGAAAUAUUUCAUGACACUGGUGUAUUCACUCAUGUGUUCCAGAUGUAUUCUAAUUGUGUAUGAGAUGUAUGUACACAUAUGUGUGUGUCUGUCAGGAAGUAGGAAAUAAAAAUGGAAGCUAUUAUGACCAAAAAAAAAAAAAAAAAAGCCAACUUUGAGCCAGGAUAAAAAUUGGGUAAAGGACAUUUGCUUACCUGCAAAUGAAUCACUAUGGAAAUGUGAUCUUCCCCUAUCAUCAAGAAACUUGUUUUCUGGAUGAAUACUGGGAGAAUAAAAUGAGAACUCUGGAGUGAGCUAAAUUGAUCCCAAUUAAGUUCUUCUGCUUAGCAGACAGAAAGUAUAAUUUUUUGACACCCUUCCCCACCUGCUGCCUAUGCUAGGCUUGUCCUGAGAGCAUCCCUCAGUAAUUUGAUAUUCAUGUGGCCUACAGGAUGUCUCAUCUGGAGGGCUGAGUCAGUUGGGGAACACCACAGGCUACACAGUAGCUCUUCCUGCUACUGGGUUAAUGAGUUUGGCAGGUUCUUAUCUCACUCAAUUAUCAUGGAAGCAACAGCAGCAGUGGCCAGGAAAUCUUCUAGUGUAGUGUCUGUGCUAACCCAGUGGUAAAUCCCUUAGAUCCCCUCCUGUUCUCUGGCAGUCUCCUUGAUUUUGGGUACCGUGUAUAUUUUCAGCUUUGACUUUAAUGCUUUCUAGGAUAGGGUGAGCACCCUUAAUCCAGGCACUGUCCGUUAGCUUCCUUUGCAAAGGCUACUUACUGCUGGUCACAGUCCAGCACUCAGACAGAGCCAAGGGGAUGUCCUCUUGCCCAUGGCUAUGAUGUCAGACAGUGGAUGGGCUCCAGCAACAAGAGACAAAAUCACUAAAGGCCUUUGCUCUCCUGUUACAUUGAGGCCUGGGGCUUACAGUUUGGAAUACGACAUGUGAAGGUUUUUGUUGUUAUUUGUAUUUUUAAAAUGUAAACUUGAUUAUUUUAUUGCUAAUUUAAAAAUAAAAAUGACUUUGUAUUGAUUGUGAAA